CCUUCUUCUUCUUCAUAUUCUCUCUCUUCAUAAAUUUGCAUUAUAAAAACACAUCCACUUUGCUCCUCCUCCUUCAACACAAUCUUCUUCUUCUUCUCCACUCUCAUUCUCUCUCUCUCUGACACACUAACUACUUAUCCCUCCUGCAUUCUCCCAUCUCUCUCUCUCUCUCUCUCUCUCUCUCUCUCUCUCUCUCUCUUUACACACAAUUAUAUUAAGAAAGAAGAUGUCGAGCAGAAGAUCAUCACGUUCAAGACAGUCAGGUAGUUCAAGAAUCUCUGACGACCAGAUUUCCGAUCUUGUUUCUAAGCUCCAACACCUCAUCCCUGAACUCCGCCGCCGCCGUUCUGACAAGGUGUCAGCAUCUAAGGUACUACAAGAGACUUGCAACUACAUCAGGAACUUACACAGAGAGGUUGAUGAUCUCAGUGACCGUUUGUCGGAACUCUUGUCUUCGACGGACGACAACAGCGCCGAAGCAGCAAUCAUUAGGAGCUUGCUUAAUUAUUAAAAUUCUCGUUAAUUAAUCUGAGAACUAUUAAUUAUCUCUUUCCGCCACGAAAUUUAUCUUAUUAUUAUGAGUAUUUGUUUCCUUCUACUUCAUAUAUAUUAUGAUAUAGCUAGGGUUUCGGGUCAUUGUUAGGCCAACUCAUAUAUAUGGUUUAUGUAUGUAUGUAUGCAUCUUAAUUGUAUGUGAGGGUCCAGACCUGGCUGUAUAGUGGCCUGUGUAUCAUGAGACCCUCUAAUAUUUAUGAUUAAUGACACAGUCCGUUUCCGUUUUUAGUAAUGA